GCCUGAGGGUCUCUCUCGAUAACAUAUUAGGAGGGAAAAGUGCUGUCCAAUUAGAGACAGAACAAGAGGAAAAGAAAGGGGAAAUAACAUUAACACACCUUCUCCGACUCGGUAGUUGUUUUACUAACAUACAGCAGCAGCUGUGGCUCUUUGCGAAGCCUAAAGUGUUUGCUGGCUAUGCAUUUGUUCUAGCUUAGCUGCUAGUUACUUGGAUAAUUACGUGGACUGCGACAACUUAACUAAAGCCUGUGUGUUUCUUUGCACGUUGUUGUAACUCCCAGUGAAUCUCAGGAUGGCCCAGUGGGACAGACUGAGGCAGCUCUCUGCUACUUACUGGCAGCAGCUUCAUGAGCUGUAUGACAGGGAUGGUUUGCCUAUGGAUGUUCGCCACUACCUCUCGGCUUGGAUAGAGAAGCAGGAGUGGGAACGAGCAGCUAGGGACUACGGCCUUGCAAUGGUGCUGUACCAGGUUCUGCUGGAGAAUCUGGAUAUCCAGCACAGCCGCUUUGUUCAGGAGGAGUCAUUCUUACAGCAGCACAACAUCAGACGCUAUAAACAAAGCUUCCAGAGGUAUCAAGAUGAGCCCUGUGCUUUGGCAAGCACAAUCCAUUGGUUUCUGGAAAAAGAGAAGGAAAUCCUGAACAGUGCCGAGCUGAGUGAACAGGUGCAGCUUUUGCAAGUUGAGCAGGAAGCCAUGGAGACGACCUGUCAGCAGGAGCUUGAACGCAAAAUGGCUGGACUGAGGAACGAUGUGCAGUGUUUGGAACAUGCAAUUAUAUGCCUGGAGGAGCAGCAAGAUGAGUUUGAUUUUAAAUAUCAAACCCACAAGAUGGAAGCUGUGACAGAUGAGGCACAGAAGAAUGAACGGAUAAAAAUGUUUCAGUCUCUAGUCAACAAACUGAAUGAGUAUAGGAAGAGCACUCUAGCAGACUUGAACAAGCUUUUGGACCGGGCUGAAGACCUGAUCAAUCUGUUGGUGCGGAAAGAGCUGGUGGACUGGCAGAGGAGGCAGCAGAAAUCCUGCAUCGGCGCUCCAGACAAUGUUUGCCUGGAUCAGCUGGAAAAAUGGUUCACCUGCAUGGCAAUGUGCCUGUUCCAGGUCCGUGAGUUUCUCAAUAAGCUGGACGAGUUAAUGGGAAAAAUGUCCUAUGAAAACGACCCCAUAAAGGCCCAAAAACCUGCACUAAAUAAGAGAACUGAUGCUCUUCUUAAAGACUUACUCAAGAGUUCGUUUGUGGUCGAGACUCAGCCGUCCAUGCCUCAGGGAAAGGGCCCCCUGGUUUUGCGUACAAAUGUCCAGUUCUCCGUUAAGACAAGACUUCUGGUUAAGUUUGCUGAACUGAACCACUCCAUGAAAGUGAACGUAUCCAUGUCAAGGGAGGCUCCUCAGAUCAAAGGAUAUCGGCGCUUCAAUGUGCUGGGAACUGCAACCAAAGAUUUGAACAUGGCUGAGAGUCUUAGUGGAGGCAUGGUUGCAGACUUCAGACAUCUGUCUCUGAGGGAGCAGAAGUCUGGAGGGGGUGGAAAAGGAAUCAGUGAGAUUUCUUUGAGUGUUACAGAGGAGCUGCACAUCAUCUACUUCAACACUGUCUUUGACCUGAAGGGCUUUUCAGUGGAGCUGCAGGCCUCCUCCCUUCCUGUGGUGAUUAUAUCAAACUCCAGCCAGCAGCAAAGUGCCUGGGCGUCUAUCCUCUGGUUCAACAUGCUUAGCUUGGAUCCAAAGGAUGUUAUGUUCUUCGCCACCGUUCCUGCAGCUCCUUGGCCGCAGUUUGGAGAGAUGUUGAGCUGGCAGUUUCUCUCUGCCACAAAACGUGGUCUGGAUGAUGAUCAGCGCAAAAUGAUUGCACACAAGCUGUUUGGGAAGCAGCAGAACUACGACAUCUGCCAAGUGACAUGGUCAAAGUUUUCAAAGGAAAAUGGUCCUGACACUUUCUGGGUGUGGUUUGAUGGCAUCCUGGCGAUGGUGAAAUCCUACCUGGAGAACAUCUGGAGGGAAGGCCUCAUUAUGGGUUUUGUGAGCAGAGGAAAAGAAAAACUGCUUCUCAAGAAGAAGAAAAGAGGCACUUUCUUGUUGCGCUUCAGUGAAAGUGUGGUGGGAGGAAUCACCUUCUCCUGGGUGGAAAUGGACUCAACUGGUGAGCCUUAUAUAAAAACGGUCCAGCCCUUCACAAAAACUGACCUUUGCCAGAUCCCAUUCCACGAAAUCAUCAGGAAUUUCCAGAUUUUGGAAGCCGAAAACAUCCCGGAAAAUCCUCUACUUUUCCUGUAUCCCGACACUCCAAAAGAUAAAGCUUUUGGAAAGUGGUACACUGACAAGACUGGAGCUGACAAUCCUUACAUGAAGUACAUCAAAACCAAGCUGAUGUUUGUUUCUAAAGAGAACUCACUGGAAGCUAGGUCACCCAUGUCCUGUGACAUGACACAGGGCGAUUGCCUGGAGCCAAUGAAUGGCCUGUAUGGAGAGGCAGCUGAACAAGAGGAUGAGCCUCGUCUUCUGCAGUCACAGCUGGAAACCUUUCAGGAUCCCAUGCUGAGCAGCUCCUCUCUUGACCCCUUGGACAACAAUUAUCUGUUGUACCCGAACCUCACUGAUUCUGACUUCAUACAGCAGCAGCCCGACCAAUUCCUGGCUGAUUUCAACAACCUUUUAGCACCCAGCCUCCUGCCUGCACAAAUUUGCGGAGGCAUUUUCCAGUAGAUCUGUGUAUGCCGCUGAAUAUAAAACACAACAGCUCAUUGACUUUCCUAUCAUGUGGGUAAGUUGUUGUCAAUCUUCUCCGCCCGUUAAUAUUUAUGCAAACAAAACGUCAAAGACUGAAGGAGCUGGUUUUAAACCUGGAAUUGUAUCAACUCAUUUUUUAAAGAUCAGGAGCAGAAAAAAUAUUUAAUGGUGGGAGGUAUUGUAUGAAGCACUUUGAAGAUCCCUUCAUCUUGAAAAUGUGGCUCUUAAAUUAUUUUUGUUGGGUUCAAACUUGUACUUUUUUAAUUGUUAUGUUUUUAGCUGGAAGUACACAAACCCUGUGAAGAAUUGUCCUAGAACAAGGCACUCCUUU